UUUGCUCUCUAAUCAAAAAGAAAAUUGACAUGGAUAAUUUUUGAAUUUUGAUGUUUGCAAUAUUUGUGUACUCAGACACCACAAACAUAAUUGAAAAUUAACCCAUACGAUUAUCUCCUUCCAUGGCGGCGCCACCACCGCCACCACAACGGACAACCUCACCUGUAUCAUCUGAAAUCAUUGCCCAAAACGACGACAUACUUAGCGAAAUCCUUUUGCAUCUUCCAGUCAAAUCCCUUUUACAAUUCAAAUCCGUAAGCAAACAAUGGAAUUCCAUCAUUUCCGAUCGCGGAUUCUCUCUCCUCCGUUGUCGUCGCCAUUGUUACUCACCUUCAUCCGGACUCUUUUUCCUCCACCAUCACCCUUUCAUUUCUCCUAUCUACGACUUCAUUUCCUUCACUUCUUCAUCUCACCCCCCUUUUUUCUCCCUCCUCAAAUCUUCCUCUUUUGACAUCAAUCAAUCCUGUAAUGGCCUCUUCCUUUGCUCCUCUGACUCCGAUGUUGUAGUUUGCAACCCUACCACGAACGCAAUUGCAUCUAUCGAAGCUUUGGGCAAAAUCCAUCCUCGAUGUGUUGGGAUCAAUUUGUGUUUUGAUCCUCUUAGGUCGCCGUUUUAUGAAAUUGUACAUGUUUAUACGUCGAAUUUUGAUGAGAGUUUGUAUUCACUCGAUGUAUACGAUUCUAAAACAAAGAAAUGGAGAAAUAAGGUGGUUGAUCAAUUUAGGGUUCCAUUUGAUGUCGAAUUUCUCAAUGGUGUUUACUGGGAAAGGGGAAUUUAUUGGCUUAGUCAUACAGAAAGUACAAUUUUCUUCGAUUUGGAGGCUGAAUCUAUUGAAACAUUGAUAUUACCAAAAGCUCUAGAAGGAGCUUAUAUCGAAAGGUUUCGUUAUUUUGGAGAAUCAUGUGGGCAUUUACAUCUACUCGAGAUUCGAACAAAUUGUGUACAAGAAUUCGAUGUUUUGGAGUUGAACAAAAUCGAUAAGAUUCAAUGGUUGGUUAAGUAUAGAGUUAAUCUUGAUGUUUUAGGUCGAGGAUUCGAAUCCGAAAUGUUUUUGGAUCAUACUGAUAGAUUUGGGCGUAAAUUUCGGUUCUAUGCAUUUUCAAUUUUCGCCAUUGUUCAUGAUAAUGUUAAAAAUGAUGAAGAUGAGAAGAAUUCAGAAAUGGUAUUAUCAAUUCCCGGUAAAGUGAUUGCAUACAAUUUCAAAACAAAGAUUUCAAGAUUGAUUUGUAAUGUGGUUGAUGAGAGUGAUAAAUUAUUUCCUUUUAGAGGGCAUAAUGCUGUUCAAUUCAUUGAAAGUCUUUACUCCCCUUGAGUUCUUCCGAAUUUUGCUGAUGUUGUUGCGGUCAUGGUAAGCUCAAAAACCUUGACAAUUUACGAAUUUAGUUAUUUGGAUACUAUGUUGAAGAUUGAAGCUACAGUUUCACUCAAUCCUAUUCAUUGCAGCAACUUCUCUAGAUUUUCUGUAUUCUUAUAGGCAGGAUACGCUGAGUAUGAUGAUGAUGUUUAAGAUUUAAGUUUUAAUAAGCUAAUAAUCAUAAUGUUGUAUGUAUUUUUAGAUGUAGUUGAUUGAUUUAGGGUAUGAAGUUAUGGACUAUGUUAAUGAUAAUGGUUAAUGAAAACAUACAAUGUAAUUUUAAUUUGCUUGACCAAUAAAGUCAUGUUUGUGC